UUUAAAUAUUAUAUUAAGAUAUUAUUAUGAACGUAGGCACCAAUGUUAGUGAUGAUUGUGUUACAGAAUUCAACAAUCUGAAGUUAGGCAAACAAUACAGAUAUGUUAUAUUUAAGUUGGACAAAGAUAGAAACGAAGUAAUAAUCUUCAUUGUAUAUACUUAAGAUUGUCGUUGAUCACAAGGGAGCAAGAGAGAGCACUUACGCUGAAUUUGUUGGUCAUCUUCAAAAUGAAGUAAAUCUAAUCUUUAACCUAAAAGUCCCGAUAUGCUGUUUAUGAUUAUCAUGCUUAAACAGAUGACGUUCCACCAAGACAAGUUGAGAAAUUGGUCUUCAUAUUCUGGUCACCAGACACCAAUCAACCAGUAAAAUAGAAGAUGGCAUACGCUGCAGGAAAGGAAGCAUUGAAGAAGAAAUUGAAUGGACUUUCCAAAGAAAUUUAAGCAAAUGAACCAUCUGAAGUUGAGGAAGCUGAAAUCAAAAAGUCUGUAUUGAACUGAUAGAGUGAUGAAUUCUUAUAUUUAGAAUAUGGAUUAUCAUAACAUUUAA